AUGUCAGAUUGGGAUACUAAUACAGUUAUCGGUCAAAGAGCUAGAGCAGGCGGUUCUGGACCCCGUGCUAAUGUUGCUCGUACUCAGGGUCAAAUUAACGCUGCAAGAAGACAGGGGCUAGUUCUCUCUGUUGAUAAGAAAUACGGUUCUACCAAUGUCAAGGGUGACUCUGAAGGUCAACGUUUAACCAAGGUGGACCGUGAAACCGAUAUCGUUAAGCCAAAGAAACUGGAUUCGAACGUUGGUAAGACAAUCUCUAGGGUGCGUACGGAGAAGAAACUAUCUCAGAAGGAUCUAGCAACCAAGAUUAACGAGAAGCCAACUGUUAUUAAUGAUUAUGAAGCUGCGAGAGCUAUUCCUAACCAACAAGUGCUUGGUAAGCUCGAGAGGGCUUUGGGUGUGAAACUAAGAGGUAAGAAUAUUGGUGAACCUCUUGGUGGUCCCAAGAAGAAAUAA